AUGGAGCCCAAGAGCUGUGUCGUUUGUCGCAAACGCAAGGUGAAAUGCGACCGCACACCGGGAUCAUGUCGUAAAUGCAUCAAAUUCGGCACAGAAUGUAUCUACACUACAAAGGGGGAUGCCAUGAAACCGGCCAAGGGUUAUGGUCAUCUAGAAGGUACUAAUGAAAUCACACAAGCUGGUCUGAGACGGCGACGUAUUCGCAGGUCAUGCGUGGAAUGUCAACGGUCCAAAGCCAAGUGCUCUGGGGACACUCUGUGCAAACGAUGCAAUAGAAAGGGCCUGCAUUGUCUUUAUCCGAUUCAAGAUCAUGAGAGGUGCGGCUCGAGAUCCAGCCUUAUUAGUCUAGGAGACGAUCGCAAUGGCCGCUCAUCACACGCGCUGGUUGACACCGAUAUGCCAACUUGGUUGACCUCGCGGAGCUUACCUCCCGCACAUCGCGUGCGUGAACUGCUAGACAUAUACUUGUCACAGGUCCACACCGUCCGAUGCUUUGGUUUCCUGCAUAUUCCUACGUUUAUGGCGCGAUUCCAAGACGAUGACGCCUUUAAUGAUGAUCGAUCCGGGCUCAUAUAUAUUCUUUGCGCACUUGCUGCACCCUUUUAUUACGCUCGGGCCGUGGUUGCAUCUUCAGACCAGGGACCUUUACCAAUCACACAGUUUCAUCAUGCUGGACGAGGAUGGGCAGCCAGUGCCAUGCAGUGUGUGUGCACCAGCUUCGGCAACUUGGGAGUUGAAUGUCUGAUGGUUGCUGUUCUGCUGCAUGAGCACUUUCUUCGAGUAGGAGAUCACGCCAAAGCCUUUCUCAUGUCAGGCAUGGUAGCACGGCACGUCCAGAUCUUACAGCUCAACAUGGAGCACGACGCAGAUAUAUUGUGUGAACAAGAGGAAUCUAUUCCGUGGGUCGUCAAGGAGAGUCGUCGCAGAUUGUUCUGGGCGUGCUACCUGCAAGACGCUUUUAUUGAAUGUGGUAUUGAUCAGCUGAAGUUCAUAUCGACCGACGAUGUGCAGAUACAGUUGCCCAGUUUAGAGGAUAACUUUAUUCGAAACAAGCCCUGUUUGACGGAGAUGCUACGGCAAGGCACCAUCCUCCCCUUUGUACAGGGAAUCGAUGUGCCGAAUAGAAAGCCACAAGCGACAGACGACCUGGACCUACGAGCGCUGUACAUUCGCGCAAUGGCGAUUCGAUCCCGGGUUCUCAAAUACGUCAAACAUUUGGGUGAUGAUAUUCCCUGGAAUACCAGCCAGGAGUCGGGUUCUGCUUCGCACUUUCAGCGCCUGGGGCAAGAACUCAUCGUCCUGGAGUCCUCGAUACCGGACGCGAUGAGAAUGGCACCAGAGAACACCUAUUUGUACAAGUCCUCUGGGCGCCUCAACCUCUAUUUCAGUCUUCAUAUUCUCCUUGCACAAACAUUCAAUGAUUUGUAUCGCGUUGGUGUAGCUGGACUCGUUUAUCCCGUCUCGGCAACAAAAUGGAUACGAGAUAACGCACCCGGUGACUUCCUCAGACGCUGUCAUCAGAUGUGUGCCACCAAGGCAGCCUACAUAGCUACGCUGUUAGACGAUCUAUAUAAGUGUCACAAAGAGAGCAUGGUAGACAUGCCAUUUGCCGUGCACGCGCAGGUUUGCAGCGGAGUGCUAGUAACGACUCUUGCGUCGUGGAUGGAGUUAGGCGAAUCCGCAACUUCUUCCUUACUGCCAGAGGCUGGACUCCAGCAGUUUCGGCAGAUGUUGGAGAGCAAUGUACGUGUCCUACAACACCUACGAGCAUAUAUGCAAGUAGACCUGUUUCUGGAAUCGGCAGCCCAGGCCAUGAAGCGUUUCGACAAGAUCACGGAGCAAAGCCGGACGAAUGAGCAUGCAGAGACAGAGCCGACAGAAGAUCAAAACCCGCGACAAUUUUCACUGGACUACAUUCUUAAUCCUCUAGGCGUGUAUCCAAUCGCACGGACGCAAGCCAGCGACGGACAUAAACCAGAGCAAUUUGCUUCGUCGGCGGCGGCAAAAGUAGCUGUGGGUAGCACGACUUCUUCGAAGGAAUGGGAGUCGUGCGCAGACGACGUAAUGAGUCUUGAUGGUCACGACGGUCAUGAUGCCUUUCAGUACCAGAGUAGCGGCCUUUGGGACUGGGAGUUGCAGACCCCAAUGCUGGAGUUGACGGGGUAUCCGACGUUUUUAGACGAUGCGUUUCUAGGUCAGGAGAUUGCGGGUGUGAGAGUUUGA